AUAAAUGCUACAUUGUGCUCACUGCUCAUCAUACAUGUUAUGGAUGUGAGAACGUAACAAAGGAAUGAAGGUUAAAAUAAAGCAGUGGAACGGUGUGGCAUCCUGGUUAUGGGUGGCCAAUGAUGAAAAUUGCGGCAUCUGUCGGGCAUCUUUCAAUGGUUGCUGCCCAGACUGUAAGGUUCCAGGAGAUGACUGUCCAUUGGUCUGGGGUCAGUGUUCACACUGUUUCCACAUGCACUGCAUCCUGAAGUGGCUGAACUCUCAGCAAGUGCAGCAGCAGUGCCCGAUGUGCCGUCAGGAGUGGAAGUUUAAAGAGGGAGACACUUCCUGAGGAGAUUAAUUGCACAGAAAUAAAUGCUGCGUCGUAUCAGUUUUUAUCUAUAGUUUGUUUAUGAUAUGUUUCCUUGUUAAAUGUCCCAAAAAUAAAAUGGUGAAAAAUGA